AGGGGCACUCUUCAAAAAAGCACAGUCCUAGAUUGCACCUCAGGGAGCGAGGAGGACUUUGGUGCAGCUUUCAGUCGCAAGCUUAUUUCUACUAUCAGUCCAUGCUCAAUCUUGCAAGGGAAUACAUCAGUUCCUCGACUCGCCUUACCGUUUGGGUUUAAGGCAGAAAUCCAGGAGACACCAUGGGAGGCAAGCUGAGCAAGAGGAAGAAGGGGUACGAUGUCAGCGACCCAAAGGACAAGAAGGAGGAGAUUACAGUGGCUGCUGUGAGUGCCGUUGAGGCCGUGGCCCAUGCCGUGGAGGUCAAAGCACCAGCUCCGGUCGCUGAGUUGGCAGCGAAGGCUGCUCCUGAGGUGUCUGCUGCGGUGGAGGGAGCAGUGGAGUCGGCAGCGGUAGCCAUCACAGAAGCGACAGAAGAGGCCCUGUCAGCUAUAGAGGCAGUGGCCAAGGGGACUACCGCAGAGCCAGCGGCUGUACCAGAUGAACCUGCAGCAGCACCAGCAGAACCAUCACCAGCUGCAGCACCAGAAGAACCUGCAGCCCCAGAAGAACCAGUGGCUCCAGAAGAACCAGCUGCAGCACCAGAGGAGCCAGCACCAGCUGCAGCACCAGAAGAACCUGCAGCCCCAGAAGAGCUAGUGGCGGCACCGGAAGAACCUGCAGCGUUAGCAGAGGAACCAGCCGCAGCACCAGAAGAGCUUGCAGCUCCAGAAGAGCCAGUGGCAGCACCCGAAGAACCUGCAGCAGCUGAGGAACCAGCAGCAUCACCAGGGGAACCGGUGGCAGCACCAGAUAAACCAGCGGCACCAGAAGAACCAGCGCCACUAGAGGAACCAGUGGCUGUAGCGGUAGAGCCUGCACCAGAAAAGCCUGCAGCAGCACCAAAAGAGCCUGCAGUGGAAAAGCCUGCACCAGAAGAGCCUGCGGCAGCACCAAAAGAGCCUGCACCAGAAGAGCCUUCGGCAGCAUCAAAAGAGCCUGCACCAGAAGAGCCUUCGGCAGCAUCAAAAGAGCCUGCACCAGAAGAGCCUGAGGCAGCACCAAAAGAGCCUGCACCAGAAGAGCCUGUGGCAGCCUCUGUGGAACUAGCCGCAGCACCAGAAGAGGCUCCUGAGGCUACAGAACAAGCCACAGAGGUGGCAGCAGAGAUUACAGACACUACAGAACCUGAGCCUGCUGCUCCAGAGCCUGAACCAGAGACUGUUACAGGGGAGGCCCCAGAACCUGAGGAUGUGGCCGAGGCACCAGUAGAGGCAGAAGCAGCAUCACCAGCCCCGGAGGAGGAGCCAGCAUCACUUGUAGAAGCCGUGUCAGAGUCAGCAACAGAGGCAGCCGCAGAGCCAGAGGCAACCGCAGAACCAAAAUCCAUCAUAGAACCAGCCACUGAAGAGCUCCCCGCACCUGUAGAAGAAUCUGUAGCAGAGCUUGAACCUGAAGCUGCUGAUGCAGUAACGGAAAAAGCAGAGCCAGAGGCUGCCGACAUCGCAGAACCCAUCCCGGAGAUCGUCAUUUCAGAAUCUGCUGCACCUGCAGCUGCAGAGGAGGCCAGCCCUGAGCCAGAGGAGGCUGUGCUGGACAACAGGGAAGUUGUUUCCGCAGAGGAGGCUGCUGCUGAGCCUUCUGCCCCUGAGGUCAAUGGGGAGUGUCAGGAGCAGGCGGCCGAGCCGGCUGCCGUGUCUGCCCCGGAGCCACAGAAAAAGGAAUGUGUCAAUGGCAUUGACAAGCCAGAGGAUCCCGUUGAGGUGCAAAGUGACUGUGAAUUUAAAAAGGUAUUGAACCUGACUGGCGACAUCCAGAUUCCAGAGGCAAUUGGUGAGGCAAUAAGUCAGGCUGUUGACUUGGUCUGAAGCUAAUAUAAAUGUGAAGUCCCUAAUGAUCCAAAAAACACCUCCAACAACACAGGCUUCUGAAGAUAAAUAUAAAAAUAUCUGUUGUGGCAAAGGAGUUUCUGGUUAAUCAAAAGGAAAUACAACCACUCAAGUGUAGAGAGGGGGAGUGAGAUACAUGUAGGAAGAGAUGUGAGACAUGGAUGCAGUGUUGAGUCUUUGUGCCCCACAUGUCGUUGCAGAGGGGCAGCCUGUGUUUGCAGCAUUUGUGGUGAGAUGAAAGCCAGCGAAAGUUGAGGGAUGAGUAUAGACAGACCGGAAAAAAAACUGGACAACAGAGCAAAAAUGUGACAUUAACGAUGGAAAUUAUGAAUGGAAUGAAUAGUCUUGUAUUUGUGUGUGAGCCUGAUGGAUAUUAAAAAUGGUUUAUUGGAAUAGCAUCCAAUAGUGAUCUAAUUUAGUCUUUCACAUAUCCUUUCCUUAACUAUAUGAAAAAAUAAUAGAUGAAAAGUUUUGGCCUUUAAUAAUGGUGCAAACAGUGAGGAAUGUUCAUUGAUGGCUUGGAAUGGAGAAUAAAAAAAGACUGUUAUA